GACGGACGUGAUUGGUGGACUAUCUGUUUCCGGUGGCGUUGACCGGGAAGAGAAGGCGCCCGGGCUGAGCACUGCUGUGUGGAGGAGCCCAGCGAUUUCUAGAUAUCUUCAUGGAGGAAACUCUUGAGGGCACUGCCCAGGAGGAACUGGAUACAGGCAUCCAGCAGCUGCAGACUGGAGUCAGUCAGCUCCUGGUGACAGAGCAAGCUCUGAAUUCGACCACUGCAGAUCAUCGGCCAGACUCCAGGAGCUGUAGCCAGUCACGUUGUAGCUUCCAGUUUGACUGUGACGUUCCUAAGGGGAGGAGUGAUGCCCCAACAGGGGCGCACUCAGCUCACAGCUGCUUAACCUCCAGGCCCAGAGACUCUGACAGGCCACAACAGAGUGACGACAUAGCUGCUGUUCUUCAUGGCCCAGGACAGGAACUGCAAUCCUCCCCCAGAGAACUGAGCUGCGAGCCUGAACUGAACUCUGCCACCUCUGACCCUGAGGCACUUAAUCAUUUCAGAGAGUCGAAGGCCAAUCCCACACGGAUCGAACAGCUUGGGGAUGUUGAAAGCUCAGCUUCCAAACCCUUGCCAAAGAAGAAGAAGAAGAAUAGAGCGGGCCAUAGUAAAGCCCCCGCGCGGCUCUUGAAAGAGCAGAAGGAACUGAGCCACAAUACUACGGGAGGAGAGAGGAUCUGCAAGGGUUCGAUAGGAGUACAGAGUCUGUCUGCAGAAGAACAGCUCCGGAGAGAAGUGGACUGGUGCAUUGAACAGCUGGAACUAGGCCUGCGCUCCCAGAAAAGCAGCCAGAAACAAGUUGACGAAGCGCUCUGUGCGUGCAGAACCCUGCGCAGCGAGAAGGCUCCACUUGUGAAGAAGCGACAGGUGAUGAGAUCCAUCUUUGGAGACUACAGGAGCAGGAUGGAGGAGGAGAGGCAGAAACAGCUGAAACUGAUGCGGGCAGCUACAAGAUCUGCCACCAUCAAACCAGUGGAAGAGCAAACAAGGAGCAAAGUUUUCAGGAAAACUGCAAAUAAAUUGCUGAAGAUUGAAGCAUCCGCUGCAGACAAUCCCAUGAAUCCUGAGCAGACCGUGGUUGAUACAGAUCUGACUCAAUUCCGGUUCAAUUUCUUCUAAGUCAUUGAAACGUGCGGUGAACUCCUUUUACCCGUCUGUUCACAGCCCAGGUGGAAUAAACAGUUUCUUGCUGUGAUCUUUCCUAGUUCAUUUCCCACACACUGUACUCUACCGUGGGCAAGAAGCAAGACAACAAAGUGAGGCAUUGGUGAUGGAAGUGGUAACUCAUCCCCUUUAGCACUGUUCUGGGACAUAGAGCUCAGGAACAGGCCCUACAGCCCACAGUGUUGUGUUGAACCAAUUAAAUUAGUAAUCAAAUGGCUAACUAAUCUGUCUACACAAUGGCCAUAGCCUUCCAAUUUUCUUCCAUUUAUGUACCUAUCUAAUGUAUCUGCAUUGCAGACACCUACCACACUCUGUGUAAAAACUUGCCCCUCACACCUCAUUUGAAAUUUACCCCCCUCGCACCUUAAAUACAUGCCCUCUGGUGUUAGACAUUUCAGCCCUGGGAAAACAUCUGUCAAUGCCUCUCACAAUCGUAUAAAACCUCCAUCAGAUCUCCCCUCGGCCUCCACUGUUCCAGAGAAAACAACUCAAAUUUGUCCAGCCUCUCGUUAUAGCACAAGUCCUCUAAUCCAGGCAGUAUCCUGGUAAACCUUUUCUUCACCCUCGCCGAAGCCUUGACAUCUUUCUUAUAAUGGGCAACCAGAACAGGUUAGACUCAAGCAAACUCUUACCCUACAAAUCCUCCUGUUGAACAUUUCAUCCCCAAUUCAAGGACAACUUGGAGAACGGUAUUUAGAUAAAUAAAUUUGAUCUGUUUAUUUUCCUUUCAGAUUAGUCAUCCAGCAUGGAUUUAUUUUUUACACUUACACAGGCUCAGAAACGAUGUUAUCUUCAGUCACACUGGACAGUGGUUGGCAACCAGAGAGAGAACAUUAACAUGGACUUCUCUCCAGAGCCCUGACCCCGCCCCCCCACCUCCAUUUUAUUCUAAACACCUUUCCCAUUCUUAUAUCAGUCACAGUGGAAAAUAUUACAUCUCAUUGCAUAGUUUAAAAAUCUGAAUAAAUACUAUUCAUCUUGUUGUGUGAGCCUGAUCUACACAGAGCCAUGGCCACACUUAAUCUUGCACGCGCGCACGCAUCAGCAACUCUGGGUCACUGGAUGCAACUUUACCAUUCCCUGGGACUUCAGAACAGAGAUCAGUGUCAAAAGCAGCCUUACUGUACAGGGGAGAGCAGGGAUCCAUUGCCCAUACUGUACAGGGGGGUGGGGAGAAGGGUGGUAGGUUGAUAUCAAUGGAAAAUGCUUGAAAUUAUAUUAAUAGGGACAAGGUCCUAAUGGGGAACUUAGGGGUAAAUCUUAACUGGAUUAGGGCAGGUCAUGAUGUUGUGAAAAGAGUUGGUGUCUGACAGAUGUAACUUGCACAGUGUGUGGAAGCCCAUAGAGAUAGUCACAACUUGCUUCAGCAAUGUUCCAUACAGGAGGUUACCAACUGCUGGUAAUACUUGUGUGGAUUGGGGAUUAGUUAAUGAACCAAAACCAGAUUCACCGUACAAUCCAUAAUUAAUGCUUUAGAUGAAUUUAUCAUGUAACCCAUCUGAACUCGGUGACAACUUGGAGCUUGGUGGGGUGUGAAGUGAGAGGAAGAGGCAGUAAUGGGGAUAGGUUGGACGUAGGGGGAAGCAGUGACGGGGACGGGGGGACAGGGACAGGUUGGACGUAGGGGGGGAGCAGUGACGGGGACAGGUUGGACGGAGGGGGAACGGGGACAGGGGGGACAGGUUGGACGUAGGGGGAACGGAGACAGGUUGGACGGAGGGGGAAUGGGGACAAGGGGAACAGGGGGGACAAGUUGGACAUAGGGGGAAUGGGGACAGGGGGGACAGGUUGGACAUCAGGGGAAAGCAGUGAUGAGUAUGCAGGUGUAAGGGGGGGUGGUACGAAUUUCAUAAUUAUGCAGAAGACGUGGGAGAAUAAAGAAUUGUAAACCUGGUAGGAAGAUGAGAACCUAGAACCAAAAGUAAAGUGGGAGGGGAACUGUUUGGGGUCAUCUGCAUUAAUAAACCCAUGAGGGCAGAAAGGAUUUGGGAAAUGAACAUGAACCUGUAAAGCAAAGACACUGGAGUACAGGGCAGUGGGGUAGGAGGAGACAGCACACAAUUCCUCAGGCUGGGCCCAGCAUUGAAAAGUCCUAUACAGCAGCCUAACCCCCUCCAUCCUAAAUUAUUCCAGAUUUACAUUGGAUGGAGAUAGCUGUUCUACAGUGGUUCUCACAUUCCAGAGACAGAAUGUGAGUGAGAUAGGUUGCAGCACCAUCUCCCACCGAUUGGUGUCGAAGCUCAGGGUCCAGCUGGCCUUUCCUGCCAUGAGUGGGGCAGUAAGAUAACAGAAGCCUACACCCUAGCAAGCAGGCGGACCCAGUGUGGGGCCAGGGAAGUGGAUACAGUAGAUACGGCCGAGCCGACUGAAUGCAGGACCGCAGAAGAUGUUGCCAGGGCCUGCGUUCAGCUAAAAGGCAGGACUUUAGGAAACCUGCUGAUCUCCGAGCUUCAACGUGAGACUGUGAUUGAGGGGCAGUGGGUGCAGCUGCAUGUGUAAACAGCAGAGGGCGCUGGAGAGGUAACCAGGUCUCCUCACUCAAGUUCAUCAGUACACAGUCCUGCAGUCCGCAGGUACAAGGUGUGACCCAAACCCCCACCCCACCUUCACUCGCUGUACCUGAAGGAUAACGGACACCACGAAAGGCCACAGUGUGAUAGGUAGUUUGAGAUGCUGGUCUGUCACUAACCCAGAGGGUGCCUCUGGCAUUAAGGCAGUGGCGAUCACAGUGCAUUCUCCAAGCAUCGUAGGCAGCUACUAAAUCAGGAGUGGUGCCAUUCAGAUCCCUGACAGAAACAGGAGAUGCGAGGAAGGGAAUGGCCAUUCUGCUGAGGUGGAGGGAGAGAGCGAGAGCGAGAGCAGCCUCUGGGAUCCUGGUACAUCCCCACUAUCCAGCCAACAGCCCCUCGACCCCACAUCCCUGGAAGGCAGGCUGGCUUGUCUGCCAGCUGGAGGAGCCUGCCCAGAAAGGAUGGGAAACCUUCACCCACAUGGGAAUAUCAGGGGAGAGUUCCCCAAAACCUGCCACAUUUAACAUUUACAACAGGAAUUCUGCAAAUGCUGGAAAUUCAAGCAACACACAUCAAAGUUGCUGGUGAACGCAGCAGGCCAAGCAGCAUCUAUAGGAAGAGGCGCAGUCGACGUUUCAGGCCGAGACCCUUCCCCCCUAGUCCUGACGAAGGGUCUCGGCCUGA